UUGUGACCUACGAACUAAUUUUGCUGCAGUUCAAUGGCGAGGAAAAGGUGGCCGGCUGUUUCGAAAGCUGAACUUUGUGGGAGUGGCAGGGGUUAAGCCCGCAAAAUAUAUACUUUGUUGUUGCUGUUCCUUAAUUAUAGAUAAGUGCAAAACAACAGGUGUUCCUAAUAGCCAUUGGGCACUCAGUGUGAAAAUUCAGUUGGCUGCAGCAGUUUACCACUGCUAGUGGAAUCAGCAGGUCCUAGGAUGAAGAUCCUUCCGAAGCUGGAGCGCAAGUUGCGCCGGCUGAAGAAAAGGGUGAUCAGGACAUCACUGGUUAGAAAACUGGAUUUGGUUCACGAGAGUGCCCGAAAGAAGGCAUUUCAGGAAAGUUGUGACAACUACAAAAAUCAAAUUGAGAAUGAGUACGAGAUAAGAAACAAGUUGCCCAAGAUGGCCCGCAGCGGUAGGGAGGCAUUCCUCAGCGACGGCAGCUUCCACCAGGCGGUGGGCAGAGUGCUCCUGGUGGCGGAGUUCUUUGCCAUGAUGCCAGUCAAGGGAGUGACGGGCAAACAUCCUUCGGGUCUGAGCUUCUCCUGGCGCAACAUACGCACCUGUUUCAGUCUGCUUUUCAUCGCCUCGAGCAUAGCCAACUUUGGACUGUCAUUGUUUAAGGUGUUACACAACCCGAUUAGUUUCAACAGUAUCAAGCCCAUUAUAUUCCGGGGAUCGGUCCUGCUGGUCUUGAUAGUGUCUCUGAAUCUGGCAAGGCAGUGGCCCCAGUUAAUGAUGUACUGGCACACGGUGGAGAAGGAUCUGCCGCAGUAUAAGACGCAGCUGAGCAAGUGGAAGAUGGGCCACACCAUUUCGAUGGUUAUGCUGCUGGGAAUGAUGCUAUCCUUUGCGGAACACAUCUUGAGCAUGGUAUCGGCCAUAAACUACGCCUCUUUCUGCAACCGCACCGCCGAUCCUAUUCAGAAUUACUUUCUGCGCACCAACGACGAGAUCUUCUUCGUGACCAGCUACACCACAGCUCUGGCCUUGUGGGGCAAAUUCCAGAACGUGUACUCCACCUUCAUAUGGAACUACAUGGACAUGUUCGUGAUGAUUGUGAGCAUUGGACUGGCAUCGAAGUUUCGCCAGCUCAACGAUGAUUUGCGAAAUUUUAAAGGAAUGAACAUGGCACCAACAUACUGGUCAGAGCGUCGUAUUCAGUACAGAAAUAUAUGUAUACUAUGCGACAAAAUGGACGAUGCCAUAUCACUUAUAACGAUGGUGUCCUUCUCCAACAAUUUGUAUUUCAUUUGCGUCCAGUUGCUGAGGAGUUUGAACACUAUGCCUUCGGUGGCCCAUGCUGUGUACUUCUACUUCUCGCUCUUCUUCCUAAUUGGCCGCACUCUGGCGGUUUCACUGUACUCGUCGAGUGUUCAUGAUGAAUCCAGGCUGACUUUGAGAUACCUACGUUGUGUGCCCAAGGAGUCCUGGUGCCAGGAGGUGAAAAGGUUUACGGAGGAGGUAAUAAGCGAUGAGGUGACCCUCAGUGGCAUGAAGUUUUUCCACCUCACAAGAAAGCUGGUGCUGAGUGUUGCUGGAACUAUCGUAACCUACGAACUGGUUCUCAUCCAAUUCCACGAGGACAACGACCUGUGGGACUGCGAUCAGAGCUAUUACUCAUAGGAGGACGAUUUUCACAAGAUUUAUUGCAUAAUAAAUAAAAAUUCAUCU